CACGUUAGUUUUUAUAUUUUUAUUGCAUUGGUUGUCUUUGUUUCUUUAGAAUUGUUCUAGAUUUUGAAACUUUUAUUUUCAAUAAAGUAAUAUAGUUAUCAUAUAAUACUAGUAUUAUGAUUAGUUAACAGUGAUUUAUGAUGGAAGAUCCACCACGUGGUAAAGAAAAAGGUCCAUAUAACCAAUGGACUCCCGACGAAACCGACGUGUUGAUCGAAUUAAUCAGACAAAAUUGGCGUGAUUCUAGUGGAAUUAUCGGCAAGCUAACAGUGGAGAGUAAAUUAUUACCUGCUCUGAAUAAACGUCUUGGCUGCAACAAGAAUCACAAGAACUAUAUGAGCAGAUUGAAGUUUUUGAAAAACUUAUACCAAAGUUACUUGGAUUUAAAACGUUUUAGUUCGGGAUUUGGUUGGGAUCCUGAAACAAAAAAGUUUACAGCUCCUGAUGAGGUGUGGAGAGAUUAUUUAAAGGCACAUCCAAAUCAUAAACAUAUGCAAACUGAAUCGAUUGAUCAUUUUGAAGAUCUCCAAAUUAUAUUUGGAGAUGUUGUAGCAACUGGUAGUUUUGCUGUUGGGAUGAGUGAUAGUACAUGUCCUCGUAUCUACACAGUUGGUGAAAGGAGUCAAGGAAAAGAGACGGUGAAUCAAGAUGAGAACAUUGAGGAGGUUUAUGAAUUUUCAUUUCAACACCCAUCAUCAGCAGAAUAUAGUACAUCACCAUUUACUUUUGAUCCUACCACGAGAGGUCGAUCUGAAAAGCUUCUUCCUAGGAAAAGAACUAAGGGUGGAAGAUGCAAUAGUGAAUAACAGUGAAUUUAUAAAGAUUUUAAAGUCAUUAUAAAUGUAAAAUCCAAUAAACCCCCCUUAAUUUCUUUCUCACAAUUGGCGUUGUUUUUUCUUCAUUUAAGUGUAUGUUUCCUCUCUUGUCCUGAUCAAAACUACUCUCGCAAAAUGUAAGACUCUAUAAGUCUUAGUC